AUGCCGCGAGGUAGAGAAGCUCUUGAAGACUUACUAUGGACCUCAGCCUUCCGUGUCGAGACUGGGCCGCUGGCGGGUGAUGAUGGUGAUGGGCAGGCGAGCUCAUCUGUGGUAGUGACUGAUGCAGUGUUUGAUCGACUUGUGGAGACUGUGCGGGAAGAGGCAGCUUUCGAUGAAUGGAGUUUGGAGAGUGCUAUAAUGGUGAUGGUCGGCAACGUUAUAUCUGCUGAUGGGUCGCCCCCGGUCUACUCCAACCAACAUCGUUCUGGAGAAGGCAGCAUAUCUUGUUUCUCUAAGGAGGCUAUGGAUGGCCUAGUGGAUAUCCUACAGAAGAGGUUGUUGAGGCUGUUGGUUAUGGAGCAAGUACGGAAGGACGCCGAGAACGAUCCAGCACUAAAGAAGGCUUUGGACGAUAUGGACAAGACCAAAACACGAGUAUCGGAUACAGGAGAGCAGUUGCGUACGCGUGCAGAGGCCCAGGAGGCUCGGAUGCGUGCCAUGCGGCAACAUAUGUCGAAUGCGCAGCAGCGUACAAAGAAUCUUUUUGAAGAACUCAGAAAACAGAUGCCCCAUGGCAAGGCCGAGGAAGAAGAAGAAGUGAAACCAUCAAGAUUGAGCCAAUUGCAUGUUCCUGAUUGGAUGAAGACGGCAGGAGAGAGUGCUAAGCAGGUUGGAGUUAAGGCAUUGGACCGCACAACAGCGUUUGUUAAUAUGAUGACGAAGGAGAGCAAGGAAGGCACCGCCAAGCGGCAGGAGGAAUUCUACCGCUCCCAAGAGGCGGCCCGACAGGCUGCCAAGGACGAGGCGAUACGGGAGGCAGCUGCUGAGGACCCCAACGCUGAGCCCAUCCCUGAACACCCCCACGCCAAUGCGUUGGUCGUCUCGGAUAAGCAGCGGUCGACUUGGGAGCGAUUCGGCUUCAACACGAGUGAUUCUGAGGAUUCGAAAUUCCUAGGUGGCUUUUUUGAGAACCCCAUGCUUGACAGAGUCUUCGGCGAGACGGAGAUCGCUCAAUCGAUUCGGGAGAUGAAGGAAACUGAUCCUCAUUUCCGAUUGUCCCAACUUGUGGAGGAUGUGGAGAAUGUCGUAGCACCGAGCAUCAUCAGGUGGUUCCUCGAGGGCGACGCUGAGGACCUGAAGCUCCACUGUGGAGAGGCUGCCUUUGCUGCUGUCAAUGCCUCAAUUGAUGCCAGAAGGAAUCAGAAGCUCAGUUUGGACCCCACCAUACUGCAGGGGCCGGAGGACUUGGAAUUGAAGGGCGCUAAGUCUGGUGGCGAAGUCGACUCGCCUUGCUUCAUAUUCACCUUCAGCACGCAGCAGAUCAAUUGCCUUCGCAAUGAAGCCGGGGAAGUGGUAGAAGGCGCUAUCGAUGAUAUCCGACAGGUUUUCUACGCGAUGGCUGUUCAGAAACACCCCGAACCAAACACUACUGGUCUCAAAUUCCCCUGGAGGAUGCAGGAAAUUGCCAUCCUUGGUAAUCAGCCCUGUUGGUGAGGCCGCGAUUGAUAACGAUUGAUCGAAGGCGAGAGGGGAAGAAUAAACACCCACGUUAGUCUCUGCUGCUGUCGGCCUGGUGAAUUUAAAUGCUGCAUGGCUGGAUUGAACCAGAGACCUUCCGCAUGAAAGGCUAACGCGUAACAAUAGAUUGUGACUUAUUUUCUCCUAUACUACUUGCCAUCACCGUGUUGGUGUGUUCAUUACUGUCUAUCGU